AUGUCAGGCCCGACCUGGGAUACCCGUGCAACUACAGACGGAACAAGUCAACAGAUCGCUUGUUGCCCACUUUCUCUUGCAGAACCCCCACUCCAAAUGAUGCCUCAAUUCAGCUUGACGCUCGCGGCGACUGGCACAGGAGUGCAAGCUGGUUAUGCUCGACUACCUCAUGAACUCUGUGUCCACAUCAUUGGCUUCCUCUCGCAUGACAUCGCAGCUCUCAGAUGCUGUAGCCUCGUUUGCCAUGCGUGGACGCCGAUCGUCUACCGCCGACUGUUCUACACUGUAGAAGUACCGACAUCAUUAAACCCAAUCGUGGGGUUUCUAUGCUUUAACCCCGUUCCAGCGUCCUUUGUCCGGCACCUGGUCCUGUGGUCGGGCCGCGCAGUCGACAAUCUCACCAUGACACCCAAUGUGAACUGCGUGUCUAUCUACGGCUUGUCUGGAACAUUGCCGCUCGAGAUAUGGCCGGACGACUUCGAGCGCAUCUUCGUGCUGUUCCCAAAUGUGACAAGGCUGGAGCUGAAGUACGUCACAGGUCCGGACGACUUGUACCAGGACUCAUGUAGAGACGAGGCUGGGCGUGGCAGCCAAGUCCUGAAGGACUUAAGAGUGCGCGCAACGGACAACCACAUCACAUUCUGGCUGGCGCGGCGCAUGGUGGUUCGCAGGGUGACAAAUCUGGAGCUAGAGAUCUCGACGGAUUCACAGGCGAUCUGGCUGUUCCACCUGAUGCGGAUCGAUCGCGGUCCUCGCCAUUUGUUCUUGUCGUUCCCAGAUAUCAUUGAUAACGACUGUGACUUCUGCGAAAGUCUUUUGAAGGGGGAGGUUCCUGCCAACGCCAGGCUGUCCUCGCUUCGCCUCCAUUGUGAUUACGACGAGGACUGGUCCGCGAUGCCCCGCAAGUCCGACCCGAUCCUGAUCAUGCUCAGGAAGGCAACAUGGGCUCGUCUCGGCAAACGGCUCGGUGGUCUUUCGCCCGAAGAGCCGGCCACUGUGUCUGUGGAGCUUGUGAUACAAAACACUGCAGGAUGGCCGUCGUGGAAGAAUGCGGCCGCAGCGCUGGUUGAGUCGUCUCUGGGCAUAGCGCCGACUACUGGCGUUCACGUCAACGUUCAGUGCAUUUGA